ACAGCCGCCGGUAAAACCUCCCACACGGAAACUAGCCACUACAGCAAAACUCGAUGCGCCUGUUGCCGUUAAGCCCAAAAAGAUGACUAAAGCGGAAGAAGAACGGCUACGACAGGCUAGGCGAGCGGAGAAACACAGGAUCCAGAAAGAGCGCAUCCAGCAACGACUAUUGCAUGGGAACGACACAGGAGUCAGUAGAACACACAGAGUCGACGGCCGCCCGCGGAAAAAGCCUUCGUACGAGUCUGACUCGGACGAUAGCAAACCGCUAUUGACCGGUCGCUCCAAAGCGGGACACGGGCAUGUCAAGCCAGGGGGAAAGAUUGGCCGAAGUGCGAAUAGCAGCGCAUAUAUGCAUGCCAGACCACCCCAGGCAACUGGCGGGGUCAAGGUACCACCGAAGAAGAAGAAACGGACAAUUACAGAGGAAUCCCGAGACAAACGGCACAGGGAUGCAGAUAGGGAUACGGAGAAGGAUAGUGAAAGGCGGAGAUCAAAAGAACGGGCUGAAGUGGGGUCUAAAGAGGGGUCUCGAGAGAGGAAGCGAGACAAGCAUAUCACCACUCUUUAUGACUUGAUUGACGCAUUGGAUUACGAAAAUGAGGAGAAAAAGGUCAAUUUCAAGCACAAGCGGGCGUUGAUCGAAGAGGUGGUCCAGCGCAGAAAUGCUGCAGAAAAGGAGAUACUCAGACUCAGGGACAAUCCAACAGCCGAGAUGCUUGCGCCUACUUGGCCCAAGUGCCCGGCGUGCAACAAACCCGCCAAAGCAGCCAAGUUUGUCUACUGCUCAGACGCGUGUUUGCAUCAACACGGGUUUGCGAGAGAAUGGAGCGCGUUCAUGCAACGAAUGUCUGAGGCUCGCACAAAAGCCUUAGAGACAGAGGAAGAACUCUCGGCCGAAGAGGGUAGCCCAGGGGAGGGGUCUAUUGCAGAGCAGACUAGUGGGAAUGAUCAAACAGUGAACGACGAGGGCAUGAUCAAACAGGAGCCGGUGCGGGCUAUUAGCGAGGAGACGACUGUGGAUCCAGUGUCUGAGAGUAACAUCGGGACUCAACUGGCCAGUGCUGUGCAGCAAGACACGGAGACGGGACCACCCAACACUACGAAUACACCGGAAGCAAGCGCAACCACAGAGACAACCCAAUACACCAGCACCAGCACAUCCACCAGCAUGGACACCGACUCGACCACGCAGGCGAGCCAAGAACAACUUACGUCAGGUGAUGGAAAUAAACCGAAUGAUGCACUGGCAAACCCCAUUCAUGCUGCUACCGCCGCAAGCGCGAGCACCGCGCAGAGUGGGCCUGAUAAUGGUACACAGACGUCACUCAAUGCGCAGAGCUCCCCUAGCGGGCUGCCUAUAGCUUUGGGUGCUGGACAUGGCUCACCCAAUAAAUUUGCGACGAACGGCAGGCAAUUUGCUACCGGUGGUGCGGAAGGCGCGCAGUACAAUCCACAUGGUUCGUCGGGUAGUGCAGAUUUUGCGACUGCUAACGGGCAAUUUGCGACACGUAGCUCACAGCGUGAGCACGUGCCAAACAAUGCACCCAUUAAUUCCAAUAGCGCCCUUUACGCACAUCAGAAUGUGACCUCUGCUUCUUCAGCUCAGGGGAUGAUCGAACCAAACGGUGCAAAUUUCAUACCAGGAAACAAGGUUCCGUACAGGCCAGUUAAUGAAGUAGCAUCCGUGCCACCGGCAUACUACGGAGCACCUGUCCAGCCAGGCGGUGGGUGGAGUAGUCCAGCCCAGAUGUAUGGAGGCCACAUUAGGCCUAUGUCAGCGGCAUAUAUGGGGUCUCCCACGGCAGUACCUACUGCUACACCAACACCUUACGGAAUGUACCAACAACACGUGCAAGGAUCAUCUCAGCCCUUGCGUGGUAUCCCCUAUGCGGGCCAAGCAACACCCCAAACUGGAAUGGUGUACCCACAGCACUCUCCAACACGUCCUGUCCAGUACAUGUCGCAAAUGAAGGGCCACGCAGCGCAGCCAAAUCCGCAACAGCAAACAGGGAUUCCUGUGUUACCCCACGCGCAGUCCAGGAUGACCACACCUUCUGGGUCCGUCGUUAAUGGCCCGAGCGGGGGAGAGAUGGGAAAUCACCAUCUGCAUCAGCGUCCGCAACCACAGCCGUAACUGUGCUUUCGGCUGUGUAAACGGUGGAAUAUCUGUUCAUGAACUGACGUAUUGAGAUAAGAUUUUAUUCUGAAUAAAGAUAUCAACGC